GGAAGCUCUGGCUGUAGCCCAGGAGCAUGGGUUGUGUGAGGCAGGGCUGGGAUUGCAGAAUACUCAAGAGUCUCCCCGACUUGCUGCCAGCUGCUCCCAGUGCCUGUGUUCCUAUCACUGGCAUCUCCAUGAAAGUGGGACUAAAGGAAGAGCCAGAUCCAAUGGCCAUUGUUUCUGGUGGUGACCCUUCCACUCCUCCAUCAAAUCAAGACUUGAGCAUUCUCUCCUGUGCACGCCCUCCCUUUUCCUUCACACCGAGCGGGGUUAAAGAAGCUGCAUGUGGGAACUGUGCAAGUUUUGUCCCAGCAAUUGUGCCGGUGAGGCCAGAACGUACAGAGUCAGCCUGUCGUAAUCAGCAAUUGUGAAAUCUGUGCUGAAAGGCACUGAACCGUGGGACCCCACCUCCUCCCCCCCAUGCCUCUAAUCUUGAUUGAACACAGCAGCCUGCACAGGAAACACAGAGGCUCAAAAGCUCCCAAUCAGCCAAGCAAGGAAAGAAUUUUCUCCAAGAAACGGCUCAGAGCGGAGUCCAAGAAGGACUUUGAUCCUCAGAGUCUUUUUUCCUGCCACCUUUUCCUUGGAAGGAUGGAGCCCCAAGACACAGGUGUGCAGUACAGCAGGUGGAAUGACAGCAGUCGCGAUGAAGUCAGUGUGAACACAUCCACUGCCGAGGUGUCGGGAUGCAGCAGAAUCUACACCAAGCUGUGCACUGGGAAAAUUGGCAUCGCAGUCAAAGUGAUUGGAGGAAACAUCCUCUUCUGGGCCGUUUUUGUGGUUGGCUACGUGACAGGUUACUACGUGCACAAGUGCAAGUAGAAGUAACGGUGCGAUUCACCUGCAGGGCCCUAGGCUGGAUCCCUCCAGUUCUCCCUCUUCGCCCCCAAUCCGGCAAGUCAGCAAACAUGCAUGCGAUGCAGGUAUCUCCACUACACACACGUCACAUGAGCACACAAAGGGAACCAUCGGCAUCAGGGAUAGGGAGACGCACACACCGCGGGCUGGAGGCAGCCUCCUUGCUGCCUCCGAGAACUGACUGUUCAAUCUCAGCUGACUGCCCCGAGGCAAAGGGGGAGCUAGGAAAGGACGGGCUUUCCCUCUCGCAUCAGCACAACACGCUGUGGUUCCAAAAUCUGUCACUGCUGCCCUGUACUGCAACAAGAACUGCUCCUUGGAUCUGCCGGGGCCAGCCCCUCCACCCCCCAUGAGACACUCAUCAGCAGCCGAUCUGGGUACCAGUUUUGCACGAGCAUGUUUUCAAUGAGCUUCUCAAGGCAUUGGCACAUCCGUAGGCAUCUGAAAACGGUGUGUGUGCACGUAAGGGGGUAGUUGUGUGAGCAAACCAGCCCGUGUGUGCAUCUGAUUGCAUGUGCAGAUUAGCCACAAUUCCUUAGUAGUGAUUGGCGCCCUGUGUAACACUCAGUCGACAUGCACACGCUUCUAGCAGACAAGGGCUGUUCCAGACACAUGGUGCUGCUCCCUUUCAAUUGAGAGUCCUUAGUACGACCCUACAUUGUACUGGAGGCGGAGAGUGCAGUGCCUGGGGUCACAGGACUUGCUGACCCAACCUUGGAAAUUUCUUUAUGCUCCAUCAGCCACAUCAGCUCAGAGAAUUAAGGCUUUUGCACCCAACCUCUCUACUAACUCUUCAGGAAGGCUGCAUGCCAGCACCUAGUGAAGCUGGGUCAUCAUAAACUAAUGUGAUGGGAACCUUUAUUUUAAGCAUAACCCCACUGGCUUUCCCCUCUUGCUCUGUGUAACCUGGUUUAAUAACCUUUCCUCUAGAAAACUCAGCUAGGCCCUGGCUCGCUCACAGCCUGAUCUGUAGGGUUUUCAAACGGUGCAGAUAUGUAAAGCUCUGUAUAUUUCUGCAACACACAUUAUUUUAAGUAAUAAAAGCAGAUUACAAACCAACAGGCUGCCCGUGUGUCUGAUGAGAGCUGGAAUGUGUCUCAAUGGAAAGGCUUAUUCAGGGAAGCCCCUGAAGAGUAUCUUGGUGUCAGACUGACUUCCUGUCACUGCAGCUUGAACAGGAAACGUCAGGGAAAUCUACUCUGCUCCGGGGCUGCCCAUUAUGUAGUUGGGGUUCACCUCAUUGAAGGUAAAGCCUCCCCGCAAAAAGAGUCUGGGUGGGAGCCAGAUUCCAACCCCACUUCACCCAAGGGAGAGAGAUUUGAGCUCACGUCUCUUCUAAACAAUCCUGACCGGAAUAACCCGCUCCACCCAAGCACAACCCCAAUUCCAAUCCCGCAGGCAGGCCUGGGUGGCAGGACUUAUCUAAGUGUGCGCUAACGCUUGCCCAGCCGCACGUGGGCCUGUCGCCGUGCACACGGGUAGCCUGUCCUGACAACUGAGCAAAGGAGAGAGAGGCGGUUCUUUCGGGAUUUAGUUCACAAGCCUGGCGCGUCAGCCAGAUUCUGUUCCCUUCCCACCCCCGCCUGCCUCCUUCCCCAAGGCUGUUGGCAAACAUGGGGGAAGGACUCUAGUCUCUUCAUGUUCCUUUCAUCCAUGCAUCCCUCUCUUCUUCCACCACAGGGCAAGGCCCCCUCAGGUACAUGCUGCCUUUCCUAACGUCUGCAUGGAUCCCUCGUGAUGCCCCAUCCCGUGCUGGAGCACAGCGCAGGCCACGGAGCCUUUCGGCAGUGUGCUUUGAAGAGCGGAGAUGCAGUGUCCACCCGGAAGGUUGCAUGGGGAAAGGCCGCGCGUUUGACCAGCCCUGUCAGCAGCACUGUCUGGAAGGACUAGUCCAGGAUGUGGCUGUGGGAGAUAGGCCAGCCCCCACCUCUAACUAGCUAAAGCAGCCCAGGUUAUUUAUUUACCAAGGGGUCUGGUUAUGUCACUGGUAGAGAAUGCAAAGCUGGUCUGCAGCCUCCUGGGUGUCAGACAACAGAGAAAAGGGGCAAAGAGUCAGGGCAGGAGCUUUGGAGACAUCAGGGUACCAAGGUGCAUGACAAGGAAGCACUUUGUGUCUGAUAGUCCUUGUGCUCAUUUCUCAGCUCACCCUGCUGUUCCCCACGAUUCCACGCGGCGCCUUGUGUCAUGGAGCCCUAGGCCCCUCUUUCUUAUGUAGGACUCAGUCAUCUUGGCUAGUGGAGGGCAGCAGGGAGCUUUGGAGGCCAGAGGGGGCUGAAUAGGUACAUUAAGCUCUGCGAUGUGUUUAAAAGGGCUCUCCAAGCAGUUCAGUCACAGGACUGCUUAUCAGAGGAGUGAGUCAUCCCAGCUGGGCUGCUACUGAAGAUAAGCACCUGUGGGGGAGGCUAAACCUGGCAGCGUUGCCUCUCCUCUGGUUUAUGGUGGCGUUGCUUAAGUUUUGACCAGCGAUCUCAUGAGCAAAUUCCAGUGAGGUCACCUGGCCAGGAGACUGAAAGCAGCAGAAAGCGACUGAACAACAGGAAUACACCACAGGCCCUGACACUUCUCCUCUGGCAUUAGCACUGACUAACCAGAGUUGCUGCUGGUUUCCACCGUGGGGCUGCUUGGGGUGAGCUGUCUCCGCAAACACGCUGUCUGGCACGGCUCCCCAGGCCUGGCCUCAGGCAUUGCUCGUCCAACGGCUGGCCUGACAGAGCAGGAGUCUGAUGUCCUCUGAGCACAAGCACCCAUCUUCCCCAUGCUGCGCAGCUGUGCUCCAUCAGUCAGGGGCUACAU